GAAGGGGGGGCGUGGCGCCCAGGGUUCGCGGGUGCUUGGAACGAUCUUCAGCUGGCACAAUUACAGGCCUCAAAACAGCAAAGGAUGAACCGAGUUCUUGGAAAGGUGCUGUGUUUGCGGAAUGACACCACUUUUAAGCAAGCCUUUUCCCUCUUGAGGUUCAGAACUUCAGGAGAGAAUCCCAUCUGUUCUGCAGGUGGCAUUCUGCUGAGCACCAGUCGGCACUACAGGUCACAGCCCACACAUGGCAUUGGAAGAUACAAGCGCCUAGUUAAAGCACAAGAGCCCAAGAAGAAGAGGGGAAAAGUGGAAAUCACACCCAUUAAUUUGGGGACAGAUUAUGAAUAUGGAGUUUUAAACAUUCACCUAACUGCAUAUGACAUGGUCCUGGCAGAGAGUUAUGCCCAAUAUGUUCACAACCUCUGUAACCAUCUCUCCAUUAAAGUCGAGGAAAGUUAUGCGAUGCCUACCAAAACCAUGGAGGUGUUGCAGCUGCAGGACCAAGGCAGCAAAAUGUUCCUGGACUCAGUUCUUACCACCCAUGAGCGAGUGGUUCAGAUCAGUGGUUUGAGUGCUACAUUUGCACAGAUUUUCUUGGAAAUAAUCCAAAGCAAUCUUCCUGAAGGAGUCAACUUGUCAGUGAGGGAGCACACUGAAGAAGAUUUCAAGGGAAGGUUCAAAGGUCGGCCAGAACUGGAAGAACUGUUAGCCAAGUUGAACUAGCUCAUUGCAGACCCUUUCAUGCCAGCACUGGUGAUAUUGAGUGGCAAGGGGAAGAGCUUCCUGGGUGGCCAAAGUUAAGCAAGAGACCCUGAGCCUCAAUAUCAUUAGUACCCAUCUCCACAGCCAGGAGUGCCUCCUCUCCUCUGUGG